ACUGUUUCAACGGCAUUAUGUAGUUUAUAUUAGUAUUCCAAUGGUUCCAGUUUAGUCGACAUGUUCCAUGUGCUAGUCUGGCAAGCACUUACAAACACAAGUAGUCGGUUAAGCAUGGUAGAUUUGCUUGCUGUUCGAGCGAUGUCAGUCGGUGGCUGUCGGUCACCACCAACGUAUGGUUAUGUGUUAGAUCAAUGAAAUGAAUUUGCAAUGUAUUUGAGUUAUUCGUAAUGUAAUAUGUUUAGUGUAAAUUUAAAAGUGUAAUAAUAAAUAAUUACAAUAUCAGUACUGUUAAUAUUUAUUUUAUAUGCAACGAGUAGGAAUUUAAUUAUUAUUGACAUAUUAAUGAAUGUUAGAAGUAACUCUCAAGGUAGUUAUAUGUUUUACUAACAUUAAAAGUACAACUACAUAAACAACGGUACAAUGUUUACCUUUAGUUUUUGUAAAGAUUCACAAGGAUAUAGAUAUUAUUUAUAUCAAAAUAAGUGUAGAAGUGAUGGUGUUAUGAUUAAGUUAAAAAAUUUAUUGUCUGAUAUAUAUCACAUAAACAGUAAAAACACAUAUAUCAGCAAAUAGUGUACAUAUUUUAUAAUAAAACAAAGUGUCACUACUUACUUUAUACACAUUUUUAUGAGAUAGUUAAAUAUAAUAAAAAACAGUGUACUAAGCAUAUAUUUAUAUUUAUAUUACAACAUAAAUUCAGUUAAAAUCAACUGAAUUUUAAAAUUCUGGAAUUAAUUCUAUGUUAAAUUAUUUAAUUGGGCACGAUUAUUAAGUGUAUAAUGUAAAUAAUAACAUUGAAAAAUUGUAAAGAGUACACAAUUUUGAGUGUGAAUGAUUAUUAUUGAUAUUCUAUCAUUGAUAAUUGAGGAAAACAUUCGUUAUUUUUAAUGUUGAACGUAUUGACAAAGUGUGUGGCCACUUCCAGAACGGAAGUAACUUAAGAGAACUUGCAGUAAUUAGACUGCAGAAACCGUCAGUGCUAAUACUGCACUGUAGCCAUCAUCUGCCUCAUUAAAAUGCUUCGCAGUCUAUCAACAAGACGAGGAAUACGGAUUUUGGUGCUCAUUCUCGCGACAGCGUACGCCACUGUAUUAAUAUAUCAAGCAGUUUCCGCACCACGCCAGUGGCCUGCAGAUUCUGUAAUGACCAUGGAAUUAAGUAAUAACAUGGAAAAUACAAAUAGUCUCGAGGAAGAAGAAGAAGAAGAAGAAUCGGAAGAGCUAGAUAAAAAUAAAAUAAAGGUGUUUGAAGUACAAAAAGCAAUUAAAGAAAAAAUUUCUAUAUCUUCUUCAGUCAUUACAGCUACAGCAAUAUCUUUUUCGACCGAUCUUGAUGACUUGUUCAUUAGCGUCAAAACCACUCGUCAUUAUCAUCAUUCUCGUUUACCAGCAAUAAUUAUUACGUGGUUCCAGUCUGCUAAAAAUCAAACAUGGUUUUUUACCGAUAAAGAUGAUCAAUACUUUCAAAACUUAACGAAUGGUCAUAUGAUCAACACCAAAUGCUCAUCUUCUCAUAGUAGAAGAGCUUUGUGCUGUAAAAUGUCUGUUGAGUUCGAUAGGUUUCUUGACAGUGGCAAAAAAUGGUUUUGCCAUUUUGAUGAUGAUAAUUAUGUAAAUGUGCCACGUUUGAUAAAAUUAUUAAACAACUACAAUCCUCGUGAUGAUUGGUACCUAGGCCGACCUUCAAUUCCAGCACCUUUAGAAAUUAUGAAACAAUACGAUACUAGUUCAUUCAAACGAUCACAAAAAGUGAAGUUUUGGUUCGCUACAGGCGGUGCAGGCUUUUGUAUCAGUAGAGCUCUUGCGCUUAAAAUGAUUCCAAUUGCUGGCGGCGGAAAAUUUAUCUCAGUAGGCGAUCGCAUCAGACUUCCAGAUGAUGUAACAAUGGGAUACAUAAUUGAACAUUUAUUGAAAAAAAAACUCACAGUUGUUGAGUUAUUUCAUUCACAUUUGGAGCCAAUGAAAUUUCUCAAUGAAGACACCUUUCAUGAUCAGGUAUCCUUCAGUUAUGCCAAAGGUCCAAAAGACGAGUGGAAUAUCGUUACAGUUAAUGGCUUUGAUGCCAAAAAUGAUCCUAACAGAUUUCGAUCUAUCCACUGUCGACUAUUUCCACGUGCAGAUUACUGCUCACUCCGGUGAUGAUUGCUGCGAAGUUUUUAAUUAACAUCAUUGUUAUAAAUUAUGAUAAGUAAGAAAUCAUCUAAAUUUGAAAAAUUUAUUUAAAUAUGUUGUAAAUUCCAAAGAAUAUGAAGACUAUCCAGUUGACUGAAUAUGUACGUAUAUGUACUGUACAAUCAAGAUAAAUAUAUCAUAGAAAUAUUAAUUAAUAAUAAGUAUUGUAGAACAAUAAUAUGAGUUUUAAGAACAUAAUUUUUUUAAAUUUCAUAUACAUUAAAAUAAUAAGUCAUUAAAUAAAUUAAUAAUGACAUUGAGUCAAUACUUAGGAUUUUUUUUAUUUAAUUCGUAAUACUUGAUUAAAAAUUUUACUAUAAAAAUCUAUUUUGUAAUGGAAAUUUGUCAAAGAAAAUAUGUUAACAUGUAUCAAUCAAAUAUCAAAUUAUCUUUCUGUAUAAACAGCUA